AAUGACAUUUCGGAUAAGCUUCGUAACACGAACGUGGAUCGCCAUUUUGUCCUGUCAUCUGAGCUCUAUGAUAUAUUUCAUCUUCUUUCGUCUCGUAUUCUAUGGGCCACUCGCUGGUGUACCUGCAAAAUUCUGCUUAUUCUUCAGCUGUACAAAAACACGUUGAAUACUCACUCGAAAAAUAUCUUCAAGAGUUCUCUUUCGAUUGUUUUAUCGGCAUUUUUGAAAAUAGAGGAAAAUUCGCAGAGUGAUCUCAGAAUACAAUCUCUCCCAUGGUAACCCAUGCUGUAAAAUACGCCAAAAAUAGAAGCAUUUACAGUUUCAUGGCAUUUCCUUAGUUCUUAUCGUAACUUACUGGUAGAACAUUUUUUCAAGUUUACCGAGCAAACUGCGUUUUUCUCUUCUUACUGCCGUCUCUUCGGAAGUGUCGGGUGUGGUCAUCAUUUCUUCUUUUUUUUCUAGGGGGUAGUUUAUGCCCCAAUUUACAGCCUCUGUAAAAAUGUAACCUGGCGUGAUGCCCAUUUGGUAAGUGAGGCAUAUUUGAACCUAUAACAUAAGCAUCGAAGUAUUUUUAUUAUAUCUAGAUAAGUAAGUAAUUUUUAUUCUUACCGAUAGGGUACUUCCUUUCGGAAAUGUUAUAUACCUCUUCUUCCGUACGUUUUUUGACACUGCAUCUCCCAUCACCAAUACCAACAGUAUGAAUUCAGCCGCUAAAAGUCCAAAUUUCAAUUCCAUUCUUUCUCUACUCGAGAAACAGUUAAUGGUUUUCUUGAUCAUAUCUGAAUUGUUCCAAAAAUUAACACCUUUGGUUGAGACGGCAUUUUUUCAAUAUUUACUCAACGGUUUUCCGUGGACGGUAGUCUAUUAGUUUCUCAUGUAUACUCGAUUGAAUCAUCAGGAAAUCAUGGUCAGGUUUUUAGCCUAUACUUUUUUGUUUCUUGUUCAUUCUGAAAUUAUCUGUGGAGAAAAUGGUUUGAUUCCGAGGAGAAGCAAGAGAUUCGUCGCUUUUCCUGAAGGUGCAUCUUUGUCGGUAGCUCUAUGUAUGACGCAACAAGUGAUUAUCCCAGCCGGAAGUAUAUUCACAGAGGGCGUCAAUUGGGGUAUCAGUUACCAACUUCCGAAUAAAACGACCUACUUGGACAACCUCAAAGAAAAGUCCCACAUAGUAAAAAGAAGCGAAAGAAGGGACAUCUAUGAGAACCUAGAGCUGAUCAUAGAGAAUUUCGGCUUCAACGGUAAAUCUUGCAUUAUGCGAGCCCUGUGCGAAGCUCCCAAGAAGAUGGAGUUCAACAACAAGAGUAUCUCGGAGAAAAUCAUCGAAACACUCUUCAGAUACCCGUUGGACCCAAUUGAAGGUAAAGAACCGGAUCAACAUCGUCAUUACCACUUGGCAGCCAGGUUGGGUCGGGAAACGGAGAACAAUUGCGAUUCGUUCGUUAAAGAAUGUCCUAUUUCCUUGUUAGAUAUCUCUCUAGGAGUGCUCAACGACCAUUUCACCACGUGAUAAAAUAAAAUAUCGAUAUUGAAAGUA